GUUCAGUUGCCUGGAGCAGCUGUCGUUUAGCGUGCGAGUCCUUCUGCUCUAGAGCUCACUGUCUGAUUCUUAUUAGAUGACCGGUGGGGAAUGAAUUGGUGGGGAAGCUUUUUAUCUUAGUUUUCACAUCCACAUUUUAAAAUGAUCUCACAAUAUUGCCUCUGCUCAGGAGGGUUCAUGAUACAGCCUGGAUGCUACAGGUUAGAAGGGAGGUAGUUCAAUGGAACAGUGUGUGGAAAAUCUCAAGGCAAGAAUAAUAGGAGAUUACACUCUGUCCUAAAUGCAUUGAAAGCACUGAGUGUGUAUGGAGAUGGGAAGUCUACAGUCAGAAACGCGCACACACACCCUCAAUUUCAGGAGCACUAAAUUCACUUACUGAAGAUUUUUUUUCUUACUGAAAUCACAGCCAGUGAGAUUCGUAAUAGUUUCAUGGAUCAUCCAGUCUGACUCCCUAUACGGGUGUGAAUGUACUCAAAUGCCAGAUGAUGCCAGAACUAAGCCACUUCCCAGAAGAAUUUAAAUCAUGGGAGUUUUGAAGUGGAGAGAUGAAGAGAUGUCAGGAGAAAGUGUGGUGAGCUCAGCAGUGCCGGCAGCUGCGACUCGCACCACCUCCUUCAAAGGGACCAGCCCGAGCUCCAAAUAUGUCAAACUGAAUAUUGGUGGUGCCCUCUACUACACCACAAUGCAGACCCUGACCAAGCAGGACACCAUGCUUAAGGCCAUGUUCAGUGGCCGCAUGGAGGUUCUCACCGACAGUGAAGGCUGGAUUCUGAUUGACCGCUGUGGCAAACACUUCGGGACCAUAUUAAAUUACCUGCGUGAUGGGGCCGUGCCUCUUCCUGAGAGCCGGAGAGAGAUUGAAGAGUUGCUGGCUGAGGCAAAGUAUUACCUGGUUCAGGGUCUGGUGGAUGAGUGCCAGGCAGCUCUGCAGCAGAACAAAGAUGCAUACGAGCCAUUCUGCAAAGUACCAGUCAUCACUUCUUCUAAGGAAGAGCAAAAACUUAUAGCAACAUCCAAUAAGCCAGCAGUAAAGUUGCUGUAUAACAGAAGUAAUAACAAAUAUUCCUACACCAGUAAUUCUGAUGACAACAUGCUGAAGAACAUCGAGCUGUUUGAUAAGCUGUCACUGCGGUUUAAUGGGAGAGUCCUCUUUAUUAAGGAUGUGAUAGGAGAUGAGAUUUGCUGCUGGUCUUUCUAUGGACAGGGGCGUAAGAUUGCUGAGGUCUGCUGCACCUCCAUUGUCUAUGCUACUGAGAAGAAACAGACAAAGGUGGAGUUCCCAGAAGCCCGAAUUUACGAAGAGACACUGAACAUUUUGCUUUACGAGGCUCAGGAUGGACGAGGACCCGACAACGCGCUUCUGGAGGCGACAGGAGGGGCAGCGGGCCGCUCUCAUCACCUGGAUGAGGACGAGGAGCGGGAGCGCAUUGAACGUGUGCGAAGGAUUCAUAUUAAGCGUCCAGAUGACAGGGCACAUCUUCACCAGUGAGGAGUGACAGCUGCAGACUGCACAGCCCUCUUGUGACCUGUUCCAUUCUUUACAGUUGAUAACCAGUCAACUUAUUUAUGUUCAGUGAAGUCUAUAAAAUUAUAUUUUAUACCAGACUAGAAUAUUUUGGGGUAUUUAACAUGAAGUAUAACAUGAAGCUAUUAGAGGAAUAAAGAAGGUAUCAAGGGUCAGAUCAAUGCAUUUGGUGUAAUGGCUCUGAAUUUUCAGCACUCCUCUUCCUGCUGUUGUGUUUAGAGAGGAGGAGUGUCCCUUUCCUUCUGCCUUUUAGUAUUUAUUCUGCACUUUCUCUAGGAUUUUCAAAGAGCUGUCCACCUUCCCUACAGACCCCCGUUUACGCCAUCCCACCUGAACCUACUGUACAUGAGAAAUGCUAUUCUGUGCCACGGCGAUGCUAAAGAAACUAACCUCAUCUGCUUCAGCACUUUCUCCACUCUCCUCCUAUCUGGACCUUUAAGGGGGAAGGCACCUUAGAUAGAAAUGCUUCAGCCUCGCUUUCAGAAGAUACGGUUCUAUGGACACUGGCUUCCCUCCAGAAUUGAAUUGCUUUGCAUGGUUUGAAAUAGAUGACAGUGAUACUGUUUCAGAACCAGACCUGCUCUGGGGCUAGGUCUCGCUGGUUGGCAGUGACUAGUUUUUGUUGUUUAGUGCUGGCAGCUACUCAGGCUCAAGUUCAAAAUUCAGGAAGCACGUUAAAGUGCGCUGGGUAUGGCAUCCCCUGCUUGAGCUUUGUGGUGAUGGUUCAGUGAAAGUGGUGUGCUAGGGAAUAGUGGAGAACCCUCAGCUUCUUUAUGGUGCAGUUCAAGGGUGGGAGAUAUUUAUACAUUAUGUAAAUGGAGGGCUAGGAAUAACCUAGACUUGCAUAACAUUUUACCUAAGGCGUCCAGGAUUUCUACUGUAGUCAGUCACCAUUUCCUCUUAAACCCAGAAUGUAAUUUGAAGGUUCAUGCUAGAUUACUGGUUUUCCACUUCCUCCUGAAUCAAGAGGGAGCCUUUUCUUUACAGCUGUCCGAGAUAACUCUAGCAUGGGCUACUCCUAACACCAUGUAAUCCUAGUCUAAAUACGGAGCUAAUUAGACAUUUACUCAUAGUUUGAGUUCCAUAAGGGAUAGCAGGAGCUUUACCUCUCAUGCUGUUAUACUGGUGAUUACUGGGGAGAAAUGGGUGGACAUCCCUUUAAGUGUCAAUAUCUCCAGCUAUUCUCCACUGUCUCUAUCACAGCAUAUUCUAGGCCACCUGGAAGAAAAUGACUAUAAUCUAUAGAAUACUCUAUAGACCUCUACGCUUUCUAAGACUGCUUUUUGUUGCAAAUAAUGUGUUUUAUCUACCUCCUAGUCUCUUGUUGCAUAGUAGAGAGUCAGGUAGAAGUGAUGGUGGAGGUUCAUCUAUUCUGCAGAGGGAGUGGAUGCUAUUAAAAAUAAGACUAGGCAGAGUUAGUUUGUUCUAAGUUUUGGAAGGAAUAUAAAGCCUCAUGCUUCAGGGAUUUGAAUGAGACCUUCACACGGGGCAGAUUGUCCCUCAUCUUCUGGUGUAGAGUUUCUUGCAGCUUCUGCUGAUGCAGAAUGGUAUUGGCCUCUCUUGUUUGGAUGAUGGACCAGCUGGACCACCUGUCUGGUGAUUCUGGCUUUCCAGUAACAGAGCUAGCAGGAAGUCUGACAAAAGUAAAGUUAUACUGUAAAAUUAGUAUAGACCUGAUUAUAUCACUUAGUAAUACCUUUAAAACUAAUAUUCUGCUGACAACUGCUAUCUUGGUUAGUGUCACUAGAUGUUGCUCCUCUAAAGUAAUGUUUUGUAGGAAUGGUAUAAAGCCAUACAUACACCUGCUUGUAGGGAUUACUGGACAAUCAAUAUUUUGACUUGUUUAUUUAAUGGUACAUCACUCUUGUGUAGCUUAAAUCCAUCAAGCCUUGGAGACUGCUUGUCAGAGGCAAUGGUCUGUCAGCCAAAGAUGAUUUUCAUGGUACAGGUCUGUCUAUAGUGCUUGUUUUCUAGACCCUCAAACGUUAACUUUCUAGUAGUAAAGUUUUCUGUAACGAGGUCACUGUGAUAAAGCUAGUUUCAAACCAAACAAUCAAUUUAGCAGCUUGAACUAUCACUGUGUAUAACUGACAGAUGUGGGCUUAAAGUGCAAUCAUAUCAAUGUUUUGUAUGUAGAUACUGUAAUAACUCCCCAGUUGUCUAAUAUUAGAGAAGCCCUUCCAGGGUCCAGUGUUUAAGCUAGGCUAUUCAUUUUAAUCUCAAGUCUGUACUGGCCCAGGAGAUGGCUUGUCUGUCAUGGGUACAUGUGAUUUUUGAUUUCUAAAACUCUUGUCACAGUGAAGGAAGUUGUUUUGUCCCCCCCCCACACCCACUUUAUUGUUCAGUUGGGGGGGUUGGUUAUUUACAAGCCUAGUUUGGUGGUGGGGGGUGGAGGAAAGCCUCCACUCUAGUGAACUGCACACUUCUGUAUUUCUAAUACUUUGUACUGUGAGAUUUUAGCUCUUCCUUGUUUACUAAAGCACAACCCACCACGGUUACAGGGCUGACUGGUCAGUUGUGUAGGAGUGAGGGACAUGAAAUCUACAUUUUCUGUCAAGUGGUCCAAUCUCUCCCCCUGUCUUUGCUAUUGCACUAAGUGAGCUGUGUUUCCAGGGUAGAGGUAGCUUCCUUUUCCAUUCAGGAAUGGAUAGUGCUAACAGCAUUUCCAUUUCUACUGUGAGGAGCCCACAGAAGAAGGAAAUACACAAGACUCGGUUACACAUUGAUCUUAGUAUAAGUACAGUGGCUUAGAUUUCUACCCCUUGGUGGUACAAUUUAACCAAAAAAAAAAAAAAGCUUUCUAUAAACACCACCUUUCCCCAGCCCUUUUUAAUCAGAUUAAAAGGUGGCAUUUCCCCCUCGUAAAGAGCUGUUCAGUUAUAUUAACACAGCUCAAGCAAAGGAGAAGGCUAUGUUUUUAAAAGCUAUGUUAGUCAGAAGGAAGGAUUGAGUUACUGUGACAGCAGUCCAGUACAUUCUUGGUUUAGCUCUCUAAUUGCCUUAGUUAUGCAAUACAAGUGUACCAUUGUCUUGUCUGUUAGAAAAUAAUGUGCAGUGUGUGAUCUGACUGUAGUUAUGGAUGGGACCACAACUCAUUGCCUGUAUGAAGGCCAUGACCUCAGAGGGCCUCCCUCAUGGAGCAGCAGGGAACAAAGCAUUCUCUAUAGUACAAAGCUUAUUAAAUAGGGUAGAAGUUUCAACAAAGCCUUAAUUAUGCUGCAGAAUAUUAAAACCACCAGCCAGGGCCUGAAGACCAGCAGAAAGGUGGCCUUUCGAUUGUAUUGGAAGCCUUGAAUCCAACCCCUUAGCUGUUAGCACACAGCUUUCAUCUGCAUACUUCAGACACUGACAAGUCAAUCUUAGUGCAAGCCUCACUGUGCUUUAAAAUAGAUCUCCCCUGACACAACAGCUGGCUGGGGAUAGUUUCACUAACUUACAGGCUUUCAAUACCAUCCGAAGAGUACAAUUUUCUUUUCAAGGGUGAGCUGUUCUUUGAGCAGCAGCAUCAAGGCCAAGGGAUCAUAUAGAAAGCCUUUGCCUCUACCACUUUCAUGAGAUGCAGUUUUUAUGCAACUAAGGUCACCCCCCGUUGGUAACAAGCAAUAUCUUAGCAACCAGCAGCUGUGAGAGAUCAAGUCAAAGUGCAUGACUGUUUCAGGCUCUUGCCCAUGUGUCAUGGUUUCCAGCAUGCAAUACAAGCAGUAAUACUGACAACGCAGAGUGCCGCUGAUCAAGUUAUUCAUGGAAAUAUCUUGUCGUUUAAGGUAAAGCAGCAAAGCUCAAAACUGCACCUUGCUUAAGGCUUGGUUCACCGAGUGUUCUCCAUGCCCUGGGUUACACUGAACGUACGGCACUAGUACGCUCGUCUGCUUUGUACAAUCACCAACUUUGUCUAGCUGUGCCCAAAAAGCUUAAGCUAGAUUCCUCUGUAUGGUUGUGUAUGCAGUAUGUACUAGAGCUUGGUUUGAGUAUAUGCAAAAUAAAUUAGAAAUGUUUCAUAUUUA